GCCAAUUGGAGGACUUACAUUUAAAGAUGAAGUUCCAGAACUGGUUCAAGCAGAUACUAGCACAGAAGGUGACACAGCUGAACCAAGAUUAAUCAUACCAUUAACUAGUGGAAGAGAUAGCAGAGAUAGAACAGCUGGUGUACCCUAUGCAAAGUUUGCACACUUAAAACAUACUUAUUAUACCACUAAAACACACUUAAUUUAA